AUGCCUAACAGACCCCUCCUUCCACACCCACAGCCAAAGCCACACCCCUACGUGAUCCCAGUCACCGCAAUGUGGUUUGUGGAAUACGAAGUCAGAAAGUACGAGGCUUCUUACUGGACGAGCACGGACAUGUACGAGAUGAGCAUUGAUGAUGCGACCAGAAUUGGCUUCGGGAGACUCUUCAGAUACAUCAGCGGAAAUAACGCCAACAAGGAAAAGAUUGCCAUGACGUGCCCAGUCCUGACUAAGGUCACCCCCGGCCAAGGUCCCGCCUGCGAGAGCAACUUCACGGAGAGCUUCAUGGUUCCCUUCUCGCAUCAACCCAAGGCGCCUGCGCCAUCAGACAAGGACGUCUACCUCAGUUCCAUGCCGGAGAUGACAGUCUACGUCAAAUGCUUCGGAGGAUACGCCAAAGAAGCCGAAUGGAUCGAAAUGGCCGCAGCCCUCGCCACGGCCAUCGGGGAUACCAGCGUAUUCGACAACACCCACUACUUUACGGCCGGGUACGACAGCCCCUAUCAACCUUUCAAAAGACACAACGAGGUCUGGUUCGUCGGAAAAUAAAAGACAUUAAAAGACAAAAUCAUUGCCAUAGUGUGCAUCAUGCACUCGAUAAAUAUUGUAUACACCAUAAGCUAUCGGAAAAAAUGUGAGGUCGCAAUCAAAUAUGGCGCAAUUUGUUACGUAAGCGUUAAACGUAGAUGUGCUAGGCGUCUCUAUAGGCGGAGUGCCCUGAACUGCAAACCGAAAGACGUGGAGAGGGAGAUGCACAUUCUAAUCGGCAGUGACUAAAACGGUUUGGUACCAAGCCUCAAUUGUUUGUACAUAUAUCUGUUCAUAAUGUAGG